UUCCAAGAAGCAGCAACUAAACCAUCAAAGAUCAAAAUGUGAUUUGAACUACUGAAAAAAUAUGUAAUUUAAAAUUCAAAUUCGCUUCCGAUCUUCAUUUUUUCAGCAAGGAAACGCGAAGGAAGUCUCUGAGAUUCAAUUAAGAUGUUGGUUCCGAUUUUUACUUUAAAACUUGGGCAAAAAGUUCACGCUAGAACAACAGCUAUUGGAAAAUAUGAUGGAAUACAUCCGUGUUUGACAGGCGCUACAACUGCAGGAAAGGUUUUUAUUCAUAACCCACAUACCAGCAAUGCACAAGGUGGCCGGCUAACAAGCCACCAUGACAAUGAUAUGAGCAUCUUGAAUAUCAACCAGCAAGUGUCUGCUGUUGCUGUCGGCAAACUGAGCACGACAAACUGUGACACCCUUUUAGUUGGGACAGCCACUAAUUUGCUGGCCUAUGAUGUGGAGAAUAAUUCCGAUGUGUUCUAUAAAGAUAGGUCACCUGCAUGCCAAUYAUGACAGAGACRAAGUUCAGAGAAGCAACAAAUUGKAAAUUGUCAGGAAAUUGUCAGGGAAAAUGAGUACACUUACAAUUAUUCAGGGUGUUCUAUUCAAUUUUGUGCUAUAUCCACUCAAUUCCUCAAUUAUGAAAUGAAAGAGUUAGUUACUAGUUAAUUUUUCACUAUCAAAUGAGAAGGUCACUUCUAUUAACUAUUUCAAUAGCCAUUGUCGUAACAAAUCUUUAUAAACUGUACUGUAUCUGUCAUUAUACAGUUAUGAUAAAUUUGAUCAUAGUUUUAAUAGCAAAUUAAAAAUAGAAUCAAAAUGGUGGUAACCAUGCUUUAAUCAAGAUUCACAUUUUGCAUUUUCGACUUUUCAUUUCUUGUUUGUUAAGCUCAAUAUGACUCACACAUUACUUCAAAGUGUUUAAAACAUUUCUUCUUCCUGUGUUUAAAACAUUUAAGCAAUGUGUAUGGAAUAUUGUUGAACAUAGAAUAUUGUCAGUAGAGAUUUGCAUGAAAUUUAAGUUUAAUCUAAGAUAGCUUUUAAAUUUUCAUGUACUUUAUCAGUAUUUGAUACAUAUGUUUUCAAUAAAGUUUACAUAAUUAUAAUAAAGCCUUACAAGUUUCAUCAUUAUCUGAAAUCAGAAAUCAUGUUUGCAAGCCAUUAGAACUUGUUAUAACCUCCUGCAGAAGACCCUGAAAGAUCUUUAAAAUAUCCUGUAUAUCCUGAAAAGAGCCUGUAACAUCUGGGCAUGGCUAUGAAAGAAGACUUUGUUCAAGAUCCUGUAAGAUCUUGCCAUGGCCAUAAAAGAUCUUGUCCAAGAWCUUAUAAGAUCUUGCCAUGACUAAAUAAGAUCUUGCCAUAACAAUGAAAGAUCUUGUCCAACUUCCUGUAAGAUCUUGCCAUGAUCAUGACAGAUCUUACUAGGACUAUGAAAGAUCAUGUAAGAUAUUGCCAAGAUCAUGUAAGAUCUUAUCAAAAGCAUGAAAGAUCAUGCCAAGAUAAU